UCUGUUAAUUUUGAUUUAGGUUUUGCAGAAAAUGUUUCCUGACAGCUAUCAGAGAAAGUGGAACGCAUUGUCCUCUCUGCCGGGGAAGUGUGACUAAGAAAGAAAGAUCAUAUCCCCAAAGGGCCCUAGAUGUUGAAAACAACAUGAAGAAGUUUUCUGGAAGCUGUAAAUGCUGUGAAAAACAGGUUAGAUAUUCUCGCAUGAGACAACAUUAUAAAACAUGUAAGAAAUAUCAGGAAGAAUAUGGUGAUUCUUGUACUGUUCCAAGCUUAAAGAUUUACCAAGAGUCAACGGGGAACAGUGCUCAUCCCACAUUUAAGUGCCCCCUGUGCCAGGAAACCAACUUUACAAGGCAACGCUUACUGGAUCAUUGUAACAAUAGACAUGUUCAUCAGAUAUGUCCGGUAGUCUGUCCUAUUUGUCUCUCUCUUCCUUGGGAAGUUUCUAACCAGGUUACUAGAAAUUUUGUUGACCAUCUAAAUGUAUGGCACCGGUUUGACUACGGAGAAUUUAUGAAUCUUCAGCUCGACGAAGAAACCCAGUUCCAAAAUGCAGUUGAAGAAUCUUGUCACGUGAACUUCUGAAAUGGAGAACCUCUGCAUUUUAAAGGUGGUGUGAGGAAGAAAAAACUACAUGAAUUCUCUUUCAGUAAUUUCAAAUGAAUAUAAAUAAAGGGAAUUCAGUACCCAGUUUUUUCAGGUUUAAUUUCUUUCCAAGACUAAAGAUUUUUUUUUAGAAUGGCUUUUGCUUAAAUAUAAAAGUAGAGUAAACUUGAUUAUAUUUCACAGAAUCAUAGAAAAUUAGGAUGGAAGAGACUUCAAAAGGAGGUCAUCUAAUCCAACCCUCUCAUGCUCAAGGCACGAUCAAUCUCAAUCUUGUGGAUUUUUUUUUAAUAGAAUGUAACUGAUAAUCUCUCUGUUGUAAAGGUGCCAAGUCAUUUUACUGGGAUCUUUCCUUUUUAAAUUGGGGCAUUUCUAGGGCUCUACACUGAUGUUUUGACUUCUCUUUAAUUGUUCACUGCUCUUUGUUGAUACAGACUUAUUUUUUAUGAAUACCACAUUUUAUAACUGACUAGUGGGCAACUCUGAAAAGUAAAUAUUUGAAAAACAAUGCAAAGAUGCUCUAUUUUGCUGCUGCUCUUAACAUCUUCUGCAAAAUUAUAUCGAUUGAAUUCAUUUUUUGAAGAUGAAAUUGAAUGGUUUCUUUAUUGUUACCUCUAAAAACAAAAAUGAAAAUGGCUGAAGUGGGAAACAGCUUGUUUGAAUCAGCAGCAAUGCAGAGGUGGUUUGUUCUACUUGUAUCAUUAAGAAAGAAUAAUACCAGAGCCUGGGGGAUAUUGCUUCUAUUUUGUUAUUUCUCUGGAGCAUAACCAAGGUAGGAUGUCUUGUUUCUUGGAGUGGUGGGCUCUGAGCAUUUUCCAUUCCCUCAACAGAUAAGGAAGUGCUUUUAUGUCACUUGCCUUUGUACAUUCUGAACAAUUAAAGAUGCCAAUACACAAAAGAUGCUGUCUUUAGCAUAUGAAAAAGGCUAAAUUGUUUUUGUCUUUAGAAAUAUUUUUAUUAGAAAUUCAGGUCUUAUCUAUCCUGUUUUUAAUGAAAGACUGAACUAAUAAACUGGUAGUUUUGAGACAUAGCCAGUAUAAAGAUACCAGUAUUUUUUUUCCAAACUGCAUCAUCUAUAACAUUUACAGGCUUAACCAUUAACAGUUAAAAGGAAAAAUCCUGCUAAGAAGAGUCACUACUUGCAUAUCCUAAGGGUUGAGAGUCCAUUGUAGUUCUCCACUCUCCCAAGGUCUCUAACAAAUUAAAGACAGACAAGAAUUCAUAUUCCUGUAGUUUUCAGAUAAAAAUAAAACUUUCAGGCCUUCUUUAUAUGCCAUAAAACACAUUGUGUUCUUUUAUAUGUCUCUUUAAGAAAUGGUUUAGACUUAGAGAAUUUCUAGGACUGGAAAAGUAGGAUGUUUCCAAAUGCACACUCAUUUGGGGCUUUCUUGACUUCUCUUUUCACAACAAUGUCCUUCACUGCUACUGUUCAUGGGUAUUGUGUACACCAAAAAGAGCAUAUCCAAUAAUAUUCCUAGUGAUCUAGCUAUAAUUGUAAUAACUAUGCACUGAAACUACAAUAGCAUUCUGUUGUUUAACUCCAAUUUGUGCCUUUGAAAACCUUCUCCUAACAUAUAAGCAAUGCUAUUUCUAAACAAACAAAAAAUCUGCAGAAUGUGACUUCUUAUAUUUUUCAUAUUCCAAAAAGAUAUCAGACCGUACAGCAGGUUCAUUUGUUAUGUAUAUUAGAACUCUUAACACCACACAUGCUCUAUUCAUUUGAUAUUGUUUUAGCCUUUAAUUAUAAACAGUGUAGCCAGUAGUAUGAGAGUAGCAAAUAUCACUAUUGGAGGUUUAAAUUGCCAAAAAUUCAGGGAAAUAGACUACUUCACAAGUUACCUAAGUCCUGUUACACUGUCUUAAAAAUAAGAGGGGAAAACAAACUGCAUUGUAGUCUGCUGCUAAUAUUCAUAAUUUAUUUAAAAACUGAGUCUAUGCGAAUUUUUCCUAUUCUAUAAUUUAAUAGUGAUAUUUAGAAGUUUAGUUCCAAGAUUUUUAGAUUCAGUAUAUAUGCAGGAAAUGGAACUAAAUGCCUAAACAUAAUACAGUGUGUUCUGAAAUCAGUAUUUGACUGACACUGACUGGUUACUUCAGCUGCCUGAACACGUCUUUAGAUUUGUAGUUGAAAUUGCUUCUAUUUUAAAUAUUUACUCUGGGAAACAAAAGUCUGUGCACUGUUAUAGCAAUAAUUAGUUGUCAUUUAACAUGGUUUUUGGAAUAACAUUUUAGAAUUCUUUAAACAUUGUAAGACUUGACUUCCUGCAAUUUAAAAGUAAUAAUUUUUCAGUAUGUUGCAAAGAAUUUAAUCUUGAAACCAUAGUUUUAAAUUACUGCAUCCCCUCGUGUGUUUUAAAUACAAACAAAACUUUUAAUGCCUAGGAUGACAACUUCUCUUUGCUUGUAGAUGUUAAACUCUGUAUUGGCAAAGUUUGUCUUUGAAAGCCUUAUAUUUUUGCUAUGAUGAGACAGACUCUAAGUACAUUUUUUGGAUAACUAAUAAAUGAUAAGGAACUAAUCUGGUUGGAUAUGAUGCUGCUGUUGUGACUCUCCCACUCUGAAACUCAGACACACGCAAAAGGGGGCUGUAUAAUAGUAGUGGUUUAUAUUUGUUCUUAAAUAAAAUGUGCAGAUUUUACUGGAAGUGUGUUGUUGAGAAACUUUUUCUUGUUAACAUUCCAUUGUACUCCUGUUGAAUAUGGUGUAUUAUGUGUUAAUUGUACCUUCUGGUUUUCCCCCCCCAAUAAAACGGUUUAUUUUCA